AAUAAUUCAAGUACAUCCCCUCCUUAUACGAGCCUUUACUCGUACGUCAGUCACAUGGGUUCCUCCCCCUUCCCUCCAUCCGACCAAGUAGGUCUCUUAGUUCCCAGCAGUGUGUGUGAGCGUGAAGUCAUAGAAAGGCAGUGCCUGGGUCAGGCAGCUGUACACGUCAUCCCCCUCUACAUCGACAUACACACACUUCACAUCAACACGCACACCACCAACACUGCCAUCACUUUCGCUGCCAGACAGCCACCUCAGCUCGCUCUGCUCCCUGGCCCGCCAUGUGAUGACCUUCCGAGCCGCUUGAUCGCUAGGCAGACUCACAAUCGACGAGACAGCCUCAUGCACAGCAUCAGCAGGUGUGUCGACUGUGGGGAGGUGGACCCGCAGCUCUCCUCGUAUGUGCAGGUCGCUAGGCAAACGACGCGCCAGCAACGGCAGCAGGGCAAAGGUUGAGCAGUGCACUUGGAGCACUGACAGCGAAUGCGGCGGCAGACACGCCAGAGCAGACACCACACUCUCCCCCACCCGCCCUGGCCUCUUCACACAGCUGAGGCUGUCCACUUCGCGGAGCACUAGAUGAGUCAGCGACGUUCCUCCCACUGCACCAAAUAGCGUCCUCAGCCCGUCUGUUCCUCCGUGUUCGCCUUGCCCAUCCUUGUAGAUGACUUCCAGCCGGGCAAGUGAAGGGAAGAGCGUCUUGGCAUCGUUGCUGAUUAGGAAAGCCGGCAGCGGCGCCACAAUGUCGCUGUAGUCGAUAGUCAUGGAAGUCGCCCCGCCGAAUGACAUCCCUUGCCACCGGCUCCUCGCUGCUGAAACGCCCUCCGUCUGCAGCCGAUGCAGCCUCGCCAUGUCUGCGCCCCUCAUGCUGAUGUGCACGGCCUGCGUCGCCAUCCAGCGGAUGAAGCCGAUGACAUCAGCAUCUCGCUGCUCAAAGGGCAGCACCAGCAGCGCCGACACCAUCUCCGGCACUGCCAGGUUCAGGACACACCUGGCAUGUCUCGCCCCCAUCCACAGCGCCGCCAUAGCGCGGCAGAACGACAGCAGCUGAGUCUCGCUAUACCGGCAGCUGCUGAAGUCCGUCUCGAUGUCGAUCUCCUUGAUAGCCGAGCCGCUGCUUCGACAUCUGUUCGCUAGUUUUGCGAUCUCGCCAUCAUCGAUGGGGGCCGCUCGAAUGCGGCCGAUCUUGCGCAGAUGACGUAGCUGCCAGAGGCCAUUGAGCAGCGGCACGGGCGCCGGUCGGUGCCGCAUCCGCCCGUCCUUGCCCACCUCAGCCGUCUCAGCCACCGCCACCUCCAGCACCGGAGCGUGAAGAGCACCAAACAGCCGCCCGUCCAACGACGGAACGGCUAUGUGAGUUGCAGCGGGCAGCCUCCACCGUCGCAGCAGAAUGACCUGCCGCCACCCACGGCCGUCCAGAUGCAGCGUGUGCAGCUUGGGGAAGACCACCUCUUCUCCCGCCACACAGGUGGUCGUCAAAGUGCCGAGAGCGGCCACCGAGUCCACAACGGUCACAGAGAGCCGCUCAAUCGAGGUGGCGGUCUUCUCAAGCACCAUGGCAAGCCACAGAGGGAAUGAGGGAAUGCGCAGAUCUCCCCCAACACCAUUGUCACCUCUAGUCAGUGGCAGCUUCAAACGAGCUUCGGUCACGCGUGAGAGAGGCAGUCGCUGGCAGCGGGGCCCGUCGAUGCGCUGCCACAGACGGAUCUCAUCUUCGGCUAUCCAUAAGAGGGCAGGAUUGAGGUCAGGUUGGCGGACAGACAGAAGUCGGGAUGCAUUUUCCAGCCGGAUGGACUCGCACGUUGAUAGGAACUUCAGCACAGACAGCAGAAGCUCACGGGCCAGCCUCAAAAGCAUUUUCCUCUUUUCAAAAGGCGUGUUGCACUUUCUGGGUGUUGGAAAUGGUGUGUCGGCCCGGGAUAACCUCGGCUUAACCGGUUUCUCCCGCGAAGCUCGCCAGAG